AUGCGUUCUGUAUUGUGCCGGUCGCUAUCGGCCCUGGCCCCAGCCCGGUCUUGGGCACCAUCCGCCAUGAUCCAGCCUAUGUCGCAGCGGCUGCACUCCACAGGGUCAGGUUCUCAUGGCUCUCACCACAUCCAAACCCGGAUACCGUCGUUGAAAGGCGAGCCCAAGCAGGGCCACCGGUUCCGCGAGUUUGACCUUGACGAUCGUGUCUUCGCCAUCACUGGUGGUGGACGAGGACUCGGAUUGGCGAUGGCUGAAGCUUUGAUGGAGGCUGGUGCGAAAGUCUACUGCUUGGAUCGACUUGAGACUCCCCACCCCGACUUCCUCGCCGCUCAAGAGCAUGCCGAGAAGAACUAUGGUGGUAGCCUGGAGUACCACCGUAUUGAUGUCCGGGAUGAGUCUGAAGUGAACGACCUCUUUGCGGAAAUCGCAGGCAAGAACCGGCGACUGGAUGGCUUGAUUGCCGCCGCAGGAAUCAACCACCUGCAGAGCGCUCUGGAACACUCGCAGGUGGCUCUUAACGAAGUCAUGCAAAUUAACUUUAAUGGAGUCUUCAACUCGGCCACUGCUGCUGCGCGGCAGAUGUUCAACUACCAACAGAAGGGUUCCAUCCUUCUCAUUGCUAGCAUGAGCGGUCUGAUCGCCAACAAGGGAAUGACCUCUCCCGUCUACAACGCCUCCAAGGCGGCUGUGAUCCAGCUGUCCCGGUCCCUCGCCAUGGAAUGGGGCCGUCACGGCAUCCGCGUAAACAGCCUGUGCCCCGGCCAUAUCAUCACCCCAAUGGUGGAACAGGUGUUCCAGCAGAACCCUGCAUCCCGGGCCGUCUGGGAAGCCGAGAACAUGCUCGGACGACUUGCCUACCCGGAGGAAUUCCGAGGUGCUGCUCUCUUCGCUCUGAGUGACGCGAGCAGCUUCAUGACCGGCAGCACCAUGCUCAUCGACGGUGGCCACACCGCAUGGUAA